GCGCUCCCUGCGUGGCUGCUCCGGGAGCAGCGCCGGGAGCGGGACCGGGAGCGGCGAGUCCUGAGGGGCGGGAGCGGCUGCGGCGGGGCAGUGCCGUGCGAAGGCAGGGGGCGGCAGCGGCAACGGUGGAAUGUCAGCGGCGGGCGGUGGUCCCUGCGGUCCGGGCGCGGCCGGGCCGGCCCCGGGCGGCGGCGGCGUGUCCAUGUUCCGCUGGCUGGAGGUGCUGGAGAAGGAGUUCGACAAGGCGUUCGUGGACGUGGACCUGCUGCUGGGCGAGAUCGACCCCGACCAGGCCGACAUCACGUACGAGGGGCGGCAGAAGAUGACGAGCCUGAGCUCGUGUUUCGCGCAGCUCUGCCACAAGGCUCAGACCGUGUCCCAGAUCAACCACAAGCUGGAGGCACAGUUAGUUGAUCUGAAGUCUGAACUGACAGAAACGCAGGCGGAGAAAGCAGUGUUGGAAAAGGAAGUGCAUGAUCAGCUUUUGCAACUCCAUGCUGUUCAGCUUCAGCUACAUGCCAAGACUGGUCAGAAUGUUGAUUCUGGGGCUAUUAAGGCAAAACUGUCUGUCCUUUCUGUGGAUGAAAUGGAGAGAGAACUUGAAGCUAACAAGAAAGAAAAAGUGAAAGAAGCUCAGCUGGAAGCUGAGGUGAAGUUGCUGAGGAAGGAGAAUGAAGCCCUUCGUAGACACAUAGCGGUGCUUCAGGCUGAGGUUUAUGGAGCAAGACUAGCAGCCAAGUAUUUAGAUAAGGAGCUAGCUGGAAGGGUCCAGCAGAUUCAGUUACUGGGCCGAGAUAUGAAAGGACCCGCUCAUGACAAGCUGUGGAAUCAGCUUGAAGCAGAAAUACACCUUCACCGUCACAAAACUGUUAUUAGAGCGUGUCGAGGUCGGAAUGAUCUAAAACGACCAAUGCAAGCACCACCAGGCCAUGAUCCUGAUGCCUUAAAGAAGAGUCAAGGUGUUGGUCCAAUCAGAAAAGUUUUGCUAGUUAAAGAAGACCAUGAAGGCUUAGGAAUUUCAAUCACAGGUGGGAAGGAGCAUGGUGUUCCAAUACUGAUCUCCGAAAUCCAUCCUGGGCAACCUGCUGAUCGAUGUGGAGGACUGCAUGUUGGUGAUGCUAUUCUGGCAGUAAAUGGAGUUAAUCUAAGAGAUGCCAAACAUAAAGAAGCUGUAACUAUUCUUUCCCAACAGAGAGGUGAAAUUGAAUUUGAAGUAGUGUAUGUUGCUCCAGAAGUUGAUUCGGAUGAUGAAAAUGUGGAAUAUGAGGAUGAGAGUGGACACCGUUAUCGUUUAUACCUUGAUGAAUUGGAGGAAGGUGCAAAUUCAAGUUCUAAUAGGAAAGAUGCAAAUGUGGAUGUCAAACCUUCACAAGUGUUUGAUAAGAAGCCAAGUAUCGAUGGACAUGAGAAUGGAGACCUGGGAAAUUCAGUUGAAUGUUCAUUAGAAGACACUGCACCCAAAUUAGCCCAUUCUGCUGAGUCUUUAUCCUAAAAACAAUCAAUCAAACAAAAAAAUCAACUGGACAAAUCCCAUCUUUGGGAGCAAUUGAUAAUCAAUACUGACUGCUUAAAGUUGCAUAUACUAGAGUAGGUUGUAAAAGGAUGAUUAAAUGUCAAGAGAACUGUAUUACUGUUGCCUGGAAAAAAGGCGGUUACCUCAGGGCUUCAUUGUGAGCAAUUCUAAAUGUGGAAAACUGUCUUUUGCGUGACACACAGUAGUUACCUAACACAUGGCAUGUGAAAUGGAUUUCUUUUAAUAAUAAAAGAGUAAUCCACCAAAGUGUGGGAUUUCUAAAAUUAA